CACAUGAUGUCUGAUUUUUCUUAGACUGAUGCCAAAAUCAGAUGCGAGAAGUUCAAUGCUCCCGUGUUAGUCGUGUAACUUUUCACUGAAAAGUCGAGCCUGAUUUUGAGUACCUCAAGGUCUCUUCCUCAACAGGACUGCGUCCCGUCCGCCGCGUGGAGGUUCGUAUCAGCCUCAAGCUGCGGUGAACGCAACGUCGUCUUCUCGAAUUUUGGGAUAAGUUUAAACCUUGCCUCUUCGGCAAACCCUUUUAAAUCUCACAGGUGUUUGAGGUCUUUCUUUCUACACUGAUUCGUCAUAUCUGACAGCGUCUGUGUUUUCCUCCGGGCCUAGUCCGACGUAGUCUAGACGACGGUCCCCAUUCUUCGUCCCUGUCAAAACCGGUCCCGCUUUGUCAACUAACGAGUCUAGUAGGGCAAGGUUUCUUUGACUGCGAAUUUCAAGGGGAUGCUGUAUUUCAUUACGCUUAGGAACGGAGUCAUUUUGAGCGGUAGUCUUCGCUGGAGGAGUUACUCGUGGCGCUUCCACGAAUGUCUGUAUCUGUUUCUUCCAGGUUCCGGUUAAGCAGCAUCAAUUCUGAUGUGAUUGGUUUUGAUCGGUUCUUGAUAGGCAGUAGCCGGCGAGUCUCGGGUGGGGGAAAUAGGGGAAAACCCCCCUGCUGCUGCUGUCAACUACAGGCGAAACCGGCUGCCGUGUCUCAUUGGUGGAAGCGCGUUGUGCCAAAGAGUUCAAGCAUCCACGCGUUUCCCUUCGCCGGGAAGAGAUCUUAACUUCUCCCUGGAGUAGGGGAUUCGGCACAUAGCUGCCUCUUGCUCGGGCCACGUUUCCGGCAACCAUGGAGACAACAAGGCAGAGCCACGUGCGGGCCGCGCUCAAGCAUGCGCGCACCCGGCUCUUAACUCUUUCGGCAUUUCGCAAAGUUGUUGAGGACUAUGACUUAUUGGAUACCUACUAUGGCUACGACAUGGAUUUGACGACGAUGGACAGCCUUGAAAGGCAGCCUAGCGCCCCAGCAUCCAGCACGAAUCUUGGUCGUUCCGGCGCGACGGCAGAGGAGGAGGCGCUAGCAAAAAAACACGGCGCUAAGUGCUACGUUAGUCGAGGCAUUCUUGCAGAGCCGCCCCAAUUUACACGGAACUCUCGGGCGUUCUUUCAGUUGCGAAAACAUCAAGUAGACAUGAUGCCUGCGCGUCGGAAGACGGCGGCUGCAUCUCCCGCGGCCGCCCCCGGGGCAACUGGCAGUGCCGCUGCGCCACCGGGAAAACUCCCUGCAAGUGCUCUUCCCGGCAAAGGAGCUGUCGCAGCGUUGAAGGCUACUCAGGCUCAGAAGGUUUCAGAAGCCUCUCAGCCACCAGCCGUGGCUCCAAGCGCGACGCAACCGCCAGCAGCGAGCCCGCCUGAUAAGAAGAAACCGCAAAUGCCACAAGUAGUCCUUGGCUUCGCAUCUCUAUUACCAUUCGAUAUUUCUUCGGAACACUGGUGUCGUUUGGACAUGACGCUACGGCGAAAAAGGCGUCGUGGAAUGACUAGUGCCCUCUAUACGACCCUGCCCCCUGUUCAACCUAACAUAAUAUUAACUUGA